AUGUCUGGCCAAACUGCAGAAGUGGUUCAGCCGAAGAGUCAACAAGAUUUCCACCAGCAAGAGUCUACAUGCCCAAGGUCUGACAAUACUGUUGAGGCUCUCCAGAACCAACCUCCAGUGCCUGAUGUUUCCAGUCAGGAUACAUCAACGCAACUGUUUCAUCUCCACGAGAGCCACCCCCAUCAGACAGAUGUUUUGCCAUCUCCUUCUACCAUUUCUGCCAAUACCCUGCUUCAACGACACACAGGCUCCUCCGUUUGCUCGGCAGGGGGUCUUGGAAUCGACCAAGAGCCUGCAGCUGCAAGCAUACCUGCUUCUCACACACGUCUAGAGCCAGCGGUCGACGACGGCCCCAUACUCAGUCAGGGGUGUCUCAUAUCUGCGGAACAACCCUCACCCGGAUGCGCUGAAUCGAAAAGCGAAUCUCAGACCUCUACUGCACCGAGAGUAUAUGACCCAUUCUGGAGGGUCUGGUGGAAAGAGAUGCUCUGCAUCGUGGUCAGCAUCGCUUCAUUCGUCGUUAUUGCCUCUUAUGAUGGUCAUUCGCUCCCCAAGUGGCCUCUCACAAUCACGCUCAACACAUUCCUCGCAUUUUUCACGACGCUGGCGAAAGUGGCCUUCAUGCUAUCAACGUCAAGUGCCUUGAGUCAGUUCAAGUUCACCUGGUUUAUGGAGCCAAGACCUCUAUAUGACUUUUAUGUCUUUGACCAAGCAAGUAGAGGUUUGUUGGGCUCCAUGAAAAUGUUAUACCGGGUGCGACUCAAGCACACAGUCACUAUUGGCGCCAUCUUGAUGGUUAUCAGCGUUCUUUCCUCCCCAGUAACUCAAUUGGCCAUCAGUUAUUCUACACGCAAUGCCACCGCUGCUGGAGGACAGGCUAAGAUAUUCACUAUCAACGAAAUCAACCUGGACAAGUACAAGUUGGGUCAUGUGGUAGAACUUGCGGCGUUCAAGGCUACGGUACCGGAUACGGGGAACUUCGACGUCCCAGUGCCUCCACAGAAAGCAUCGUGCUCUACUGGGAAUUGUGAUUUCAAUCCCUAUCAGUCGCUAGGUGUUUGUGUUGCCUUUGCUAACGUAACUUCGAAACUUCGGACUGGGGUGUUGACGAACGUGACGGUGGAUGUAGUUGGGGGCGGUAUCGGCAGGCUGGCCACCGGCCUGAACACAUGGAAGGCUAGUCUCUCAGACAAAUACUUCUUUCUUCAUCAGAAUCCACUGGCCGUUAAAGGCGAAGUAUUGGACGGGGUUGAUACCUUCGGCUUCUCAAACAACACCGAUCUUCUCAGUACUAGAAUCGCCUCGUUCUUCCUCAUCUACACUUCUCCGCUACCACCAAAUGGAACUAGCGUCGACUUGAGUGACUCAGAUGAUGCUCAAAGUAUGAUCCGCUCAAUCUCAGACUUCACAUACGAGGCACGCGAAGUCAUGUUCCAUAUCUGCGUUCAGAAAUUCGAGACAAAAGUUCGCACGGGGGUGGAAGAGACCUUUAUAACCGAUACUUCACUGAAACCAGAUGACACAAGCAAAGGAAUCGUCUUGAGGCCCAAUUGUACACCAUUGGAACAAGAGUCUGAAACUUGCGACCUGCCGAAAGAACAGGGCGACUUACUUCUCCAAAUCACAACUCCGAAUACUGGAACGAAGAAAUUUAGCGUCUCGUACGCGUCCAUGCAGAGCAUAGCAAGGGGUCUAUCUUACUUACUUGAAGGGGAAGGAGAAUUACCGAUUAAACGAUUUGGGCUCGUUUGGAUUGGUAACUUUGCACGGACCUGGUUCCGAGAUGUACUCUACACCAACCAGGAUAUCUUCAAUUCUACGCGGCGAGCGACUCAUCUCGAUAACUUCUUCCUAGACAUUGCUACCCGAAUCUCAUCUGAUCUACGAACGGCCCAUCACCAAGCCAAGAGAUCAGGUGCGGUCAUUAUCGAGGGAACCCCCUUGGAAAAGAUUUCGUACGUUCACAUCAAGUGGGGAUGGGUUUCUUUCCUUGCCGUCGAGGUUGUAGCGGCGACACUGUUCCUCAUCAUGGUCAUUACCACCCAGAGUGUGACGUCUCGGCAACAGGGAACGAAAGAUGUCUACGUCCCAGCCGAUGUCAAGGACUCGGCUCUGGCAAAUCUUGUUGUUCUCAGCAACGAUUGCCGCGAAGCCUUGAGCGAUGGUCUACAGCCGGCAGAUGAUCUCCAGAAGACUUCAAAGAAACUACAAGUCACACUACGGGGGAACGAGAUUGUGAUUGCCGCGGACUUGGGAGUACAAUCUUCUCAUCCAAGCAAAGAAAAUCCUCGAGAGGCAGACACAGAAGAGCACAGUCUUCCCAGGAACCGUCCCUUUGAUCGUAUUCUCACGAGUAUACGGGCGUGGUGA